AUAUUGGAAUAGCAUAGGGACUAUCCGUACAUUUUACCAUAGUUUCCCGUCUCUAUAUAAACGAGCAAGCGAGAAGGUAGGGUUUUUGUGAUUCAUCUAUUUCCGCAGCCGCCGCUGAUACUCGGAGAAGACGAUCAACGCUCUGCGAGAAUGGAUUCUCAAGUUAAGCUCGCAGUCGUGGUGAAGGUGAUGGGCAGGACCGGAUCGAGGGGUCAGGUGACCCAGGUCAGGGUCAAGUUCUUGGACGACCAGAACCGGCUCAUCAUGAGGAAUGUUAAGGGACCAGUGAGAGAAGGCGAUAUCCUCACCCUUCUCGAGUCCGAGCGUGAGGCGAGGAGGCUGCGCUGAUGAGAUAUGUGGUCGAACGUCAGUUCGGUGACAUGCAUGCUUUGAAGUAUUAAUACAUUUUGGUGCCUUUGGUUGGGUUUGUACUAGCUAGAUAAUCAUGUACUUCCCGAUAGUGCUUAUUGUUUUUGAGGAGUUGAGCUGCUUAGAAGUCUUGAUUUCAAGAUGAUUUUGCUAAUUUCGGAGGAUUUUCGUUUUCCAUUUUGCAUGUUGGAUAACAAGCGCUUGUUCUGGUUCUGGUUUAAUAUUUGUGAACUUUGUCAAUUGUGUGGCUACAUCCGAGUUUGUCGA